AUGCCGUCAGUACAGCCACCUCCACCCGCAUUCGCUACCUCAGCAACCAGUCCCUCCCGUCCCGCUGGCCAACGUCCCUUCCCGGGCACUGCGGCUGCGGGAUUGGAUGUACCCAACCAUUCCGUUCCCACCAACCCCCCACCAACCUCGCAAGUCGAAGAUGCCCUCUCGGACUUUCUACGCGAAGCCGAGCAGUCCCUUUCCAGCACCCAGCCAGCAUCCCAGCCCAACGCUUUCAAGCGCGGAGUAGCGAAGAUCAAGGCCACUGUCAAAGACAAAAACGGCGUCAAUCGCAAACCUAUCAGCACAGAAGACUCAUUCAAUACCAACGACAGACCCUCGCCGCUCCAACCCUCGUACCACCCGUCGACGGCCUCUUUGUCACGCGGCCCCUCCAUGCGAGCUCCCUCGAUUAUAGAUGACGCGCCUUCGAUGCCCCCGCCGCAAAACGAUUCGCCGUACGUCGCUUACUCGCCAUCACGACCCGUUUCGCCCACCAGACCUUGGUCACCGUCCGCAAGAUCAGCAGCGACCUACGCGCGCCCGCCAGCUUCAAACUCUGGUUACGAGCCAUUGAACCUGAACGGAAGUCCCAGGCCGGGCACGCCUUCGACGCAGUAUGGCGGAAGCCCAAAACGACCUCUUCCGCCAGCACCUCUUUUUGCUGGACGUCCCGUCUCUAGUGAUUCAGCCAAAAAUAGUGAUGCUACUGCAAUUAACAUAGACGAUGGCGAUGUCUUUUCCGACGAUGCCGGACGGCCCCCACUCGAUACCAUGCAAUCUUACGGAACUUAUUCGACAAUGACUGACGAUUUCUACAACGAGAAGCAUAUUGGCCCCGCACCGGCAGGCAAGCAGCAAAGGCGUGGUGCCCGCCAAACAAGAAUGGAGAAGAGGGAAGUGCGUUUGGUCAACGGUGAACUGAUCCUUGAGUGCAAGAUUCCGACGACCCUGUACAGUUUCUUGCCACGGAAAGAUGGAAGCGAAUUCACGCAUAUGCGAUACACGGCUGUUACGUGCGAUCCGGAUGACUUUGUGGACCGAGGCUACAAAUUGCGGCAAAACUUUGGCCCUACCCAGCGCGAGACCGAGCUUUUUAUUGCGAUUACCAUGUACAACGAAAACGAGAUCGAUUUCACGAGGACUAUGCAUGGAGUUAUGCGCAACAUCGCCCACUUCUGCUCUCGCGCCAAGAGUAGAACUUGGGGUAAGGAUGGUUGGCAAAAAAUCGUAGUUUGCAUCAUUGCCGAUGGCCGUACGAAAGUACAUCCAAGAGUGCUCGAUGCGUUGGCAGCCAUGGGAUGCUACCAAGAAGGAAUUGCGAAAAACUUGGUCAACAACAAGGAAGUCACGGCGCACGUUUACGAAUACACGACGCAAGUAUCGCUCGACUCGGACCUCCGAUUCAAGGGAGCCGAAAAAGGCAUCGUUCCGGUCCAGGUUGUUUUCUGCCUCAAGGAAAGGAACCUGAAAAAACUGAACUCUCACCGCUGGUUUUUCAACGCCUUUGGUCGCGCGCUGAACCCGAAUAUUUGCAUCCUUCUCGACGUCGGCACGAAGCCAGGACCCAAAGCCUUGUAUUACCUUUGGAAGGCUUUUGACACCGACUCAAGCGUUGCUGGCGCUGCUGGGGAGAUUAAAGCCGGAAAGGGCAAAGGAUGGCUCGGCUUGCUCAAUCCGUUGGUCGCAUCUCAAAACUUCGAGUACAAGAUGUCAAAUAUCUUGGACAAGCCCCUGGAGUCUGUUUUUGGCUAUAUUACCGUGUUGCCAGGUGCUCUGAGUGCGUACCGCUAUCAUGCGCUGCAGAACGACGAGACUGGCCAUGGUCCACUGAGCCAGUACUUCAAGGGUGAGACACUUCAUGGCCAAGAUGCGGACGUGUUUACCGCAAAUAUGUAUUUGGCCGAGGAUCGAAUCCUUUGUUGGGAGCUGGUCGCAAAGCGAAAUGAACGAUGGGUUUUGAAGUACGUCAAGAGUGCUACGGGAGAAACUGAUGUGCCGGCAGAUGCUGUGCCGGAGUUCAUCUCCCAGCGCCGUAGAUGGCUGAACGGAGCGUUUUUCGCUGCCGUAUACUCUCUUCUGCAUUUCAAGCAGAUCUGGCUUACGGACCACACUUUGUGGCGGAAGAUUUUGCUCCACAUCGAGUUUGUCUAUCAGUUUGUCAGCUUGCUCUUCACGUACUUCUCUUUGGCCAAUUUCUACCUCACGUUUUAUUUCAUCGCUGGAUCUCUCGCUGAUCCGAAACUCGAUCCAUUCGGUGGCCACGCCGGAAAGUACAUCUUCGUCAUCCUGCGAUAUGUUUGUGUGCUUCUUAUUUGCAUGCAGUUCAUCUUGUCGAUGGGCAAUCGCCCGCAAGGCGCGAAGAAGAUGUUUUUGAUGAGUAUGAUUAUUUAUGGAAUUAUCAUGGCUUACACGACUUUUGCGUCCAUUUACAUCGUGGUGGACCAGCUCAGAGCACCCGAUACCAACAUCGUUUUCGGCAACAACGUAUUCACGAACAUGAUUGUGUCCACCGCCAGCACGAUCGGCUUGUAUUUCCUCAUGUCUUUCCUAUACCUGGAUCCAUGGCACAUGAUCACAUCUUCGGCGCAGUACUUCGCACUGCUUCCGUCAUACAUCUGUACGUUGCAAGUCUAUUCGUUCUGCAACACCCACGACAUCAGCUGGGGAACCAAAGGCGACAACACGAUCAACACCGACCUGGGCCAAGCCAAGGGUUCCGGCACGACCGUCGAGCUCGAAAUGCCAUCCGAACAACUGGAUAUUGAUUCCGGCUACGACGAAGCCUUGCGCAACCUGCGCGACCGCGUUGAAGUGCCCUCACCCGGCAUCAACGAAUCACAGAUGCAAGAGGAUUACUACCGCGCGGUGCGUACAUACAUGGUCAUAUCGUGGAUGGUAGCGAACGCGGUCCUAGCCAUGGCAGUCAGCGAAGCAUACCCAGUCGGCGAAGUGGGCAACAACUUCUACCUGAAGUUCAUCCUGUGGUCGGUGGCAGCGCUGGCGCUCUUCCGUGCAAUGGGCAGUUCGGCCUUUGGCAUCAUCAACAUCAUCCACAGCAUUGCGGAAGGCCGGCUCAAGUGGCGCAGCAAGCUGAGCAACACCGGCCGCAAGCGCUUGCCGGGCAGCAGCCGCUUCAGCUGGAUCAACAUGCCCACGUGGGUUACGGACUCCGGCAGCUGGGUCAGCAGCAAGGCCAGCAGCGUGGGGAGCCGUCUGAGAAGAUAG